AUGAUAAGAAAUCUCCAAACUGAACAAGUCAAGCUACAAAAUAUCUGCGAGAAGCUACUUGACGGAAUAGUUCCACCUUCGCUCAUCGACGCAAUGGUAGAAUAUCCAGGGGGUGAUUUGUGGGCGAAAAAAGAAACUCAGAAAGCCAUCCGGACCAGGCUUUGGAAGUCGUGGGAUGUUUUUGAAGGGAACUUGAGAGACAUACAGGCAGCCACCGAAGGAAUGUAUGACAAACUUGGAAACGCGAACCAGACACCGUGGUCAGACAUGACUCUCGCAGCCAAGGAGCUCAAGCGUGUAGCAUUUGCCCUAAACCGGGCAGCCUAUUCUGAGCAGCUGAGCACUAUUCGAGACGGUAUAACGAAUUUGGAAUCGCUAGCAACAAUGAGCGUCGAUCUGGAACCCACGAGACGAAUGAGAUCUCGUGUCAAGCCCCUCAAUGUCUUACGCAGUGUUAUUUCCAGCAUAUACCGAGCGGUGGAGUCAAAUCUCAAAUGUGGCCGUGAGCACCACGUAUUGAUGGAGCUAUCAGGAGGCAUUGACAGGCCUAGUUAUAGCAAGGAGGAUGCAUUCAUGGAAGAUCACCAAACUGAUCUAUUACUCGCCCAUCAUCAAUCGAAAGAUGACAAAUCUCAGUUGCUCAAGAUUGGCAGUCAUGAAUGGGAGGGACGAUUAUUGAGAGUUGUUCCAAACUUGCAAAGUACAGCUCAAAUAUCUGCUAAGCCAGCUAUACCGAGCUCACUCAGACAAAAACCGAGAAAGAGUGGAAGAUCUGUACGGUUCUCUAUGUCCAGAUUUGCAUCGUCAACUACCAUAACCGAAACAACUACAUCCUCGAUCAGCAGCGGAAUUGCAUCUUUAUCAAUGGGAACAGUAACGGCCGUUACACCACAUACUCAGCCAUGUCUUGAUAUAUGCAGUGGAGCGACACCAAGCAUCGGUCAUAUAUGCCUGGGAGCUAUCACGGACAGGUUUGCAGGACAAACACGAACAUACAACGUUUACAGCUCUGCUAUACUUUCAUCAGAAGCCCAGUGCUUGACGGUCUCACUCUACGAUGUACUCCAUAGCGAGGACAAAUACCAUCUUUUUACAUACAGACAAAGGUUACAGCUCGCAGUGUUUGUCGCAACAAGCGUGUUGCAUUUAUACAGAACCCCAUGGAUGUCGGAGUUGCCUCGAAGCAAAAGCAUUGUCUUUGUCAAAACGCGAGACGUCGUCGACUACAGCAAGGCCUUUCUCAAGGCUGAACAGACAAGCCAAGAUGAUCGGAGCCGAAACUCGAUGGUUCAAACACCCAAAUUAUUACCUAUUGGGGUUUUGCUUGUUGAGCUAAUCAAGGGUCAAAGGAUUGAGUCACUUCGAUCAGCGAAAGAAGAACUCGGCAGUGAGUCCAGUGCCCUAUCGGACUUCAUGACUGCACGACGCCUUGUCGACGAAAUAUGUCAGGCUAGUUCUACCUACGGAAGUGCAAUACGACGAUGUCUAGAUGUUGGGUUCAAAGCCCAGGCCUGUGAUGUGCAGAAUGAAGAUUUCCAGCACAACUUCUAUUCAGGUAUUGUGGCUUUGUUAGAGGAAGAUCUGAAUAACUUGUAG